GAGCUGCCGCGAGGCAAGUCGGGAUGGAGCAAGUGGUACCAAGGGUCGUGGGUUGUUCUUUCCCACCAACCAGAAAGCCAGUGGAGGGGCACGGGUCUCCUCUUCUGCAAGGAUGAGUGGUCGGUCCUCCGCAAACGUCCGGCCGGCAAAGGUACGUGGUUCAAGCUUCGUCGGCUAAAGGACUCAAGCGAGAUUUGGGUUGGAACAUACCACUUUACUCCGGGUUGUACAGUCGACUGCUUUGCAUCGCAGGUGGACCUUUUCGUGUCUCAGGCCCCAAAAGAACCGGACAGGCUCGUGGUGCAAGGGGACGCUAAUGCGGGGUUUGGUUGGACGGAGACUUCAGGGCAGUGGGAAGCAGUUGGCAAGGAUGCAAAAGCACUUAUUCUUCUGGAUCGGUUUGCGAGGCAGGAGGGCAGACAAGGGCGGCAGAUUGACACGGUGGGGGCAAGGCGCCUUAGAACGGAGGGGGUCACCAUCUUUCGGGACUCCUACCUGACACUGGGAACAGACCAUGAGUUGCUAUGUUCCAGCUUCCGGAUUGUGCAGGGCAAAGGGGUGACGCGCUUUCAGACUAAGCCCAGGGUGUGGACAGGAGGGCCUCCGACAUUGGAGUACGUGGACCAAACCGUCCUGGAGAACUUGGCGGCUAAGUGUACCCGCCCUCAACCCAGCCAUGCCUACCGUGACCCGCAAGCUGUAAAGGACCUCUUCCGAGCCGCCAAAAGCUCUAAGACCAGGGACGCUUGGAAGACUGCGCUGGCAUCUCGCAAGGCGGCCAGGCAACAGUGGGAGCGACAGAGGGAGUCACGGGCACUGCAAGGGGACUGGAAGGCCUUUCAGCAAAGCAAGGUUCAGGCGAAGCAGGGUUGGGAAAUUGACUUUGCUGAUAGGCAGAGCCGGGAUCCACAUGAUGUUGUGCACGAUCACCUCAGUGGUAUCUACAAGGGCCAAGGGGGUGACAUUCAGCCGGUCUACGACACUAGCCAGGAGGUGACAGCCUUUACGGUCGAGGAGCUUCAGACGGCACUGGGGCAGCUCAAAGGGUCUAAGUCAGUUGGUCGUGACCUUACAUCCAAAGAGCUCUUACUGGGCAUUGUCCACACGGACGGGGGACAACAGCAUCUACUGGAGUUCAUGAACCGUACACUGGCCACUCAGAGCAUUCCGGCCGAAUGGAAUAGGAUGGUGCUUAACCGCGUCAAGCACAGUAUGCCGUAUGUGAGCCACGCCCAGUGUGCUGGAGGGCAGCGGCAGCCGUCAGAUGUCAUCUUCGCCAUCUGGCGACUCUUGCAGUUGGAGAGAGAGUGGAAGGCCGGAGUGGUCAUUGCACAGAUUGACAUCAGGAAGGCUUUUGAUACCUUGUGUCGUCGUAGCUUGCUGCAGAAACUCCGUGCAGUUCUCGGUAACACGCCUGAGUACCGUUGCCUCCAUAAUCUGCUCUGUGGGACGGAAGCUACGCUUCAGACGGAUUCCUUGUUUAUGGACGAUGGCCUGCUUUGGGGGAGGGAUGUUGCUUCACUGGCGGCCCGCCUUCGCGAGUUUUCGGACACCCUUUCUGAGUACGGGUUGAAGUUGAAUCACAGUAAAUGCAAAUUGUACUGCUCGCCAUUCAGUGGACCUGUCCGUGCAAUGCAGUUGGGUCAGUCGAUUCUCCACGACAGAGGGUCGAUCACAGUCUUGGGUUUGGAGAUGAGAGUCGGUAUGACGGCCUGUCAGUUUCUACAGCCGCUCAUCACGCGGGCGAGGGGUAAAUUCUGGGGCAUAAAGCAUCUUCUUCGUCGGCACACGCCGGCCUCGGGGCGUGCUAGGCUCAUGGACAGGGUCGUCACUUCUUCUCUUAUGUGGUGCUUGGGGGCAAUCCCCCCGGACAAGCCGGCGCUAGGUCUCGUCAAUUCCACGCAGUACAUGCUUAUGGGUUGGAUGCUUAGACACGGGAAGAGAGGGCCAGAGAGCUGGCCAGACUUCCGACGGAGAUCGGUUAGAGCGUCAAGGGCAGUUAUGUGCAAAUCGGGGAUUAAGAGGUGGUCCACGAUUUGGUUGGAGAGAUGGUGGGGCUAUUCUGGGCAUCGCGAGAGGGCCAGUUUGUACCCGCAACCUCCUAUCUCCACCCGCAUUGAUCAUCUUCGCACUCUCCAGUGGUGGGAGGCUCAGCAAGCG